CAAAAAUGGUCACUAAGUCAGGGCAGCUUGCCUUCUGGUCUGUAUGGUCCAAUUAUGGAAGUUUGCGGGUGGUUAACUAGUCAGAGCCGGGAAUCUUUACCACAAGAAGUUCACAGCUCAUCCAAAUGGAUAUUCCUGGAUAUUUAUGCAUCUCACAUUAGUUCCAUUUCCUACAAAAUUUGUUACAUUUUUGUGUCACUAUAACAAGUGAUAUAUUUUCACCGAAAUUAGUAUUUUCAGAUUUUCUACGUCAAUAUGUUGAAUUUUACAGGUUUGCAACUUGCAAGGCCGUUUAUUAAUAAUUGAAAACAAAAGCUCAUGGGACAAAAAUGCAUUAAAACUUGAAAACUAACUGCAAGAAAAAAUUUAAGUGGUUGCUGUUUAAGUUCGUCAAAGAAGAUAUGGAAGUCCAGCGUCCAAAAGAAUCGUUGUACGAUCGACACAGCGAGUUGAAAGCAUUCGACGACACCAAAUCUGGAGUCAAAGGACUUGUCGAUUCCGGCAUUACCGAGAUCCCUCACUUCUUCCGUCAACCACCGGAAUCCCUGAACCUGAAAACCACUGAUCAAUUCAAAUUCCCAAUCAUAGAUCUCCAAGGCGUCAAUUAUUACGAAGAUCCAGUGAAGCGCAAGGAGAUAAUUGACCAAGUCCGCCACGCAUCGGAGACAUGGGGUUUCUUCCAAGUUGUCAACCAUGGAAUUCCUAUCACCAUUUUGCAGGAAAUGAUUGACGGAGUCCUCCGAUUUUACGAACAAGACUUAGAUGAGAAGAAGAAAUGGUACACGAGAGAUCCCACCAAAAGGUUCGUCCACAACAGCAAUGUUGACUUGUACAGCUCGCCGGCGGCUAACUGGAGGGACACUUUCUAUUGCAUCAUAGCUCCCAAUCCUCCUGACUCCAAGGAUUUGCCCACAGUGUGCAGGUAAUUUGUCCCCUACCCAAAAAACACCAUUUUUUAUGACAGAAUUUACAACUUUGAUUAAUCUGCCCAAAAAAUAUAUAUAUUUGUUAACUGUAUGCAGAGACAUUAUGAUGAAGUACAAAGACGAGGUUAUGAACUUGGGGAGUUUGUUAUUUGAGCUGUUAUCAGAAGCUCUUGGGCUGAAUAAGAAUUAUCUCAAAGAAAUGGAUUGCGCAGAGGGACUUGUACUGGUUGGCCAUUAUUAUCCGCCAUGCCCUGAACCUGAGAAAACUUUGGGCACUAGUAAACAUUCAGACGACGGUUUCCUCUCUGUUCUUCUCCAAGACCAAGUGGGAGGCCUUCAAGUUCUUUAUCAAAACCAGUGGGUUGAUGUUCCCCCAACACCUGGAGCCCUGGUAAUCAAUAUCGGAGAUCUUUUGCAGUUGAUAACGAAUGACAAAUUCAAGAGCUCAGAACACAGGGUGGUGGCAAAUAAGACAGGGGAACCCAGAAUAUCAGUAGCAUGUUUCUUCAGUACCAGUCUUUUGCCAUCCACUAGGCUAUAUGGACCAAUUAAGGAGUUGGUGACCCCAGAGAAUCCCCCAAAGUACAGAGAAACCACAGUGAACAAUUUUGUAACCUACGCACUUGGGAAGGGACUAGAUGGAGUUUCGUCUCUGUUACACUUCAAGCUUUAGGCACUCGAAGGAUGUUCGUUUCUGUAUCUUCUUCAGUUAAUUAGUAAGGUAAGAAUAAUUGCAGUUGAUUGAUGAUUGCUGAGGUAAAUAUACAUAUGUACCCUUGGUUCCCUGAACCAUUUCUGUGUACUUGAAUAAUUGUUAUGUUUCUGUAAUGGCUUUGAGUACUCCCACAGUUAAACAACUUUAGAAGUGCCAAGAAAAACAUGAAUCAGGACAUUUGCACGCCAUUGGUAAAUUAACUAAACACCUCAGCAAGUAGUUAUUUACUCGGACGUCGAUAUCCGCAUGAUCUAUAUGGUCAAAAAAAAAAAAAAAUUGUUAGUCCAAAGAGAUUAAACCUGACACUAACUAAUUGGCUAUAGCAUUUGAGGUAGCUUGUCAGUAUACCCAAGUUUUCCAGUUUGGCCAAUACAUUUAUUACCACCAUUACAAGUAAAAAUAGCAACACUAAUUUGCAAUUUCACGAGGUCAUGACUCCUCAGACAUGAGUAUAAAUAAUGAGUUGAUAAUCCAUCGUUGAUAUAUCAAACAUUAUAUCCAUGGCUGAUCAGUACAGAAAACUACAUAUUGUAGUGUUCCCUUGGCUUGCCUUCGGUCACAUGCUCCCAGCUCUCAACUUCUCCUUUCUCAUAGCUCGAAAAGGUCACAAGAUAUCCUUCCUAUCCACCUCUAGAAAUAUCGAUCGCCUCCCCAAAUUGCCCCCUGAUCUCGAAAAAUUUGUAACCUUUGUCGAGUUUUCGCUACCUCGGAACCAAAACCUGCCUGAAAAUGCAGAGGCUGCUAGUGAUAUUCCUGAUGAGAAGGUGAAGUAUCUCCAACUUGCCUAUGAUGGCCUCAAAGAACCCAUUGAGGAGUUUCUCCAAAAAACUUCCCCGGAUUGGGUGUUCCACGAUUAUGUCCCUUAUUGGCUGCCAUCCAUUGCAUCAAAGCUUGAGAUCAACACAGCGUUUCUUUCCACUUUCAAUGCAUCAACGUUGGGAUAUUUGGGACCCGCGUCCAAUCUGAAUGGCACUGAGGAUAGUGGAAGAAAAAAGGUUGAAGACUUCACUGUCAAACCAGAAUGGGUACCUUUCCACACAGCCAUUUAUCCUAAGUACUUUGAGGUUGUGAGAAACGCUAUUGCGAUAACCGGAAGUGAAGAAAGCGUGGCCGACUUUUAUCGCUGCGCUUGUUGCAUUGAAAGCUGUGAUAUCAUCGCGGUAAGAAGCUGUUUCGAGUUUGAACCAGAAUGGCUAAAGCUUUUAGAGGAGCUUCACCAAAAACCAAUUAUUCCGAUCGGCCUAAUCCCAAUCACCGAUGAAUUCGCCACAAGUAUUAGCAAUAAUACUAAUGCCAGUAACUGGUCUUUCAUCAAAGAAUGGCUUGACAAGCAAAAGAAAGGGUCAGUGGUUUACAUUUCAUUCGGGAGUGAGGCUAAGCUUAAUCAAGCAGAUCUUACUGAAAUUGCACUUGGUAUAGAGUUUUCCGGGUUUCCAUUUUUCUGGGUUUUGAAGAUGAAACGCGGGGAUGGAGAUAACGACAAGAUUCAGCUUCCACAUUUUUUUGAAGAUCGGACAAAGGAUCGUGGAAUGGUUUACACUAGUUGGGCACCCCAGUUGCAGAUACUGAAUCAUGAAUCUGUGGGUGGAUUUUUUACUCACUGCGGUUGGAGUUCGAUCGUUGAAGCCUUACAAUUUGGUAAACCUAUGAUUCUGUUUCCUUUUGCAGGGGAUCAACCGUUGAAUUCCAGGAUGUUAGAGGAGAAGAAGCUGGGUUUUCCGGUUCCAAGAGAUGAGUUUGAUGGGUCGUUUACGAUGAACUCAGUGUCGGAUUCACUGAAGUUGAUCAUGACUGGGGAAGAGGGAAAUAUUUACCGUGACAGAGUCCGCGAAAUGAACAGAGUGCUCUUUGAUCACGGUGUUCAAGAUCACUACGUUGAAAAUUUGCUGGCGUUUCUUCAAAAUUAUAAGAAAAUUCAAGUUGGCAUUUCAGAUCAAAGACAAAAUUCAUAAAAGGCUCUUCACAAUUUGGAAAAUUGAUGUCAAAAGAGGUCUCAUUUUGAUGUACUAAAGGUCUAAGGGCAUUUCCGUUUUGUUUUUUGUUUUUUUUUUUUAAUUUAAAAGAUAUAAUAUGUAACUAGUGUCGGCAAUUUCAUGGCUAAUAAGUAGCUGUAACUUGUAACCUCAAAAGUUACUGAUAGUUUGAUACUUGAAUAAAAAACAAUCAAAAGGUAAAGAUACAUUUCAUCUUCCUUUUCAGUAUAAGAUUCGGUGAGC